CGCGUACAGUGACAGCGCGGUAGAAAAAUAAAAUAGGAUCUUACCUGUCAGCCUGAUGGAAGCUGCAAUCAACCUACAUCACGACAGGUCCUGCUGCCCCCCUGACCGUGGCUGCCCGGUUGGGUGGUCCAGUGGAAUGAUGAGCCAGCACACCAGCUCAGGCAAACGCAUCCGCAAACCCUCCCUGCUAUACGAGGACUUCGAGAGCCCCUCGCUGCCGCACACCAUGCCCCAAGCAUCCCCCGCCCCCCCGCAGCCGCCGGUGAAGGACCCCAUCCAUCCGGGCCGCGUGACCAACCAGCUGCAGUACCUGCAGAAGACCCUGACCAAGUUUCUGUGGAAGCACCACUUUGCCUGGCCCUUCCACGAACCCGUGGACGCCUACAGGCUCAACCUGCCGGAUUAUUAUAAAAUUAUCAAACAACCUAUGGAUAUGGGGACAAUAAAGAAACGUUUGGAAAAUAACUUUUACCAAAGUGCAAGUGAGUGCAUACAGGACUUCAACACAAUGUUUACGAACUGCUACAUCUACAACAAGCCCAUGGACGACAUCGUGUUGAUGGCUCAGUCUUUAGAGAAGAUCUUUCUCCAGAAAGUUGCUCAGAUGCCUCAAGAGGAGGUGGAGCUCCCUCCACCGGCUCCUCGAAACAAAAACAGCCGGGGAAGAUCUCGUAAAUCUCACACCUCGCGGGCCCAGCAGGUGCCGGCGGUGUCCCAGUCGGCCUACUCGCCGUCCUCUUCAGACACGGGGGACUCCAUGCUGGCCAACUCCCCUCAGACAGUCCUGACCAAAAGCCUGCCUCCAGCCACCAUCAUGGGCCUGCCUCCCACACAGCCCACCACCAAGAAGAAAGGUGUGAAACGUAAAGCAGACACCACCACCCCCUCCACCAUGGGCUACUCCAUGGGCCUGUCCGGAGCCACACACAUGUCCCCGCACAUGGUGGGCUUGGGGAAGGGAGGACACGGGGGCCAAGUCCACGACCCCUCCCUGCACACGGUCUCCUUGAUGGGAGGCAUGGGCCUGGAGACCCCGCCAGGGCUGGGCCUGGUCCGGAGCUCCGGAGGUCCCGUCCUCCUCCAGCCCAUGAUGUCCGGUACGGGACGCCGGGUGGGCAGCGGGCGCCCCAUCAAACCCCCCAACAAGGACUUGCCGGACUCAGUCCAGCACCAGCUGUCGAAGAAAGGCAAGCUGAGCCCUCAGCUGAGGUACUGCAGCGGGCUGCUGAAGGACAUGCUGUCCAAGAAACACGCCGGCUACGCCUGGCCCUUCUACACACCUGUGGACGCAGCCUCGCUGGGCCUGCACGACUACCAUGACAUCAUCAAAUGUCCCAUGGACCUCAGCACCAUCAAGAGAAAGAUGGACUGUCGAGAGUACAGAGACGCUCAGCAGUUCUCCAGUGACGUCAGGCUCAUGUUCUCCAACUGCUACAAGUACAACCCACCUGACCACGACGUGGUGGCCAUGGCGCGGAAGCUGCAGGAUGUUUUCGAGUUCCGUUUUGCCAAGAUGCCGGACGAGCCUCAGGUGGAACACACGGCCAUGUCCAUGAGCGGCCAUCCGACGUCCUCCUCCUCCUCUUCCUCCUCGUCCUCCUCCUCCUCGUCCUCCUCCUCCGAGAGCGAGCCCAGCAGCGAGAGCGAGGAGAGCGAGAGCAGCCCCAGCUCCGACAGCGAGGAGGAGCGGGCCCACCGCCUGGCCGAGCUGCAGGACCAAGUCUGCACGCAGCUGCGCGCCGUGCAUGAGCAGCUGGCCGCGCUCUCCCAGGGCCCCAUCACCAAGCCCAAGAAGAAGAAGGAGAAGAAAGAGAAGAAGAAGAGGAAGAAGGUGGAGAAGCGCGGUCGAGGCAUCAGGAGCAGAGCCGGCUCUGAGGAGUGGAGGAUGCCAGGAAAGAUGCUGAAAAGUAAAUCUGCCAAAGCAGGUGGCUCCCAGGCCAAGAGAGGCCAAGUGAAGAAGAGCAACAAGAACAGCAAGACUGUAAAGAAGCCGUUCUAUCCGUCCCUGGCUCCCUCCAUGCUUCCUCACUACGACUCCGAGGAAGAGGAGGAGAUCAUACCCAUGACGUACGACGAGAAGCGCCAGCUCAGCCUCGACAUCAACAAGUUACCGGGCGAGAAGCUCGGCCGUGUGGUCCACAUCAUCCAGUCCAGGGAGCCCUCCCUGAGGGACACCAACCCCGAGGAGAUCGAGAUCGACUUCGAGACGCUGAAGCCGUCCACGCUGAAGGAGCUGGAGAGCUACGUCAUGACGUGUCUGAGGAAGAAGCCACGCAAGCCUUACGGUGAGCCAGCUGCAAAGAAAGGAGGCGUGGGCCUGUCCAAAGAGGAGCUGACGCUGGAGAAGAGGAGGGAGCUGGAGAGGAGGCUGCAGGACGUCAGCGGACAACUCAACUCUGUCAAGAAACCAGCAAAACCGAAAG